AUGUCAGUAGACAGUGACAAGCGUUCAUGCCAUUCACUGCCGAAUCAAAUUGAAGACAGGAGUGUUCGCUCAUGGGCUGAACUCUUUUUCAAAAACCACCAGGUCAACCGAUUUUAUGAUGCAGGAUCAACUCUUAAAAUUUAUGCAAACUACUUCUAUAAUUCCAGUUUUAAUAGAAGGCAUAAACUACAAAUAGCAAAAGAAGAAAGAACUGUCUUGGAUGCCUGCCAUUCUACUGUUGUCACCCCCAAAAUGUUAAUCAAUUUCAUGGCUGAGAAUAAAUCCAUUUCAUUUCUUCAAUGUGCGGCACAGAUGUUUCUCUUUGUUACUUUAGGAACAACAGAAUGCUUUCUCUUGGCUGCAAUGGCUUAUGAUCGCUAUGCGGCCAUCUACAACCCACUUCGGUAUUCAGUGAGCAUGUCACCCAGAGUCUACGUGCCACUCAUUCUUGCUUCCUAUGUUGGUGGCAUUUUAAAUGUUACUACACAUACAGUGGCCACAUUCAGCCUGUCCUUCUGUGGAUCCAAUGAAGUUAGACACAUCUUUUGUGAUAUCCCUCCUCUACUAACUAUUUCUUGCUCUGACACUCGCACAAACCAGCUGCUACUCUUCUACUUUGUGGGCUCCAUUGAGAUAGUCACUGUCCUGAUUGUCCUGGUCUCCUAUGGUUUCAUUCUCGUGGCCAUUCUGAAGAUGCACUCUGCUAAAGGGACGCAAAAAAUCUUCUCUACAUGUGGCUCUCACCUAACUGGAGUGUCAAUUUUUCAUGGGACAAUUCUCUUCAUGUAUGUGAGACCAAGUUCCAGCUAUGCUUUGGAGCAUGACAUGAGAGUUUCUAUUUUUUACACCAUUGUGAUUCCCAUGCUGAAUCCCAUCAUCUACAGUUUGAGAAACAAAGAUGUAAAAGAGGCAAUGGAAAGAUGGUUUGGGAAAAGUCAGUUUUAA